AUGGCAUCAAAAAAACCUGGUGCUGUUUCAGCACUCUUAAAAAAAACUCUCAAACGAAAGGAACCUGAGGAUGAUGAACUUCCUGAACUUCCCAGAUGCAGAAAUAAAAUUUUAGGAAAAUUAUCAGAAAGUAUAAUUAGUCUAACUAAUGAGAUUAAAAAAUUAAACACAUCUCAAACUAAUAUGGAACAAAAAAUUAUUCGUGACAACAUUAGACGUAAUUUGUUUAUUCAAGAUAAAUAUCCAAAUGAUAUUAAAACAGAAAAAUUUUGUAGAGAUAUUCUUAUGAAAUUAUAUCCAUCUAAUUCCACCUAUUCUGACAGAACUAAAUGGGAUACUUUUUGGUGUAACUUUAGAACACAUGCUUUAGAUAUGAUUCGAGUUUUAAGAGAAAAUACAGUAAAAAGCAUUUAUCACCAAUUUAAUGAAAUUUUUGAAAAUAAAGCUAAAAUUGCUAUAGCAAAAGUGGAAAGUGAUUUGAGUACCCAGCGUGCACUGUAUUUUCUUAAAACAAUUAAAAGUGAUGAUGAAAGAACGUACCUUAAUAUUAUAACUCUAAAUGUAUUUAACUAUGAUAAAGGUAGCUUAAAAGGAACAAAUACUGAAGAUUAUUUUUCACCUGAACAAGAAGAAAAUGAUAUAUAUCAAGAAGAAAACAAUGAAAAUGAAGAUUCAAUUUAUAUUAAUGAUAAUUAA